AUAUAAUUUUUAUCAGAGUAACUAUUAAUAUCUUUCUUCAAUGUUUAAUUUGAAAUAGGGCGUUUCGCGCAUGCGCCUUUCGUUUUGGCUUCAUGUAUCAACGUUGCCAACGCAUAGUGACUAUAGUGAGUCGUACUUCUAUCUUGUGUAUAUAUGUAUAUAUAUAUAUAUGUGAUACAGAUGACAAUGGACUCCGCUACGGUUAUUUGAUCGUUUCCUGUUAGGUUCUUAUAAUUUCUUUUUUUUGUUCACUUUUUGUUUAAAUGUGAGCAAUUUUUUAUUCAUCGUUAUUACAUAUUUGUUAGACACGAGCUACUAAUAACAUUAAGUUAGACAUACUGUCUUAUUUUAGAAUCAAAGAUGAAAAACACAAAGGCUAAAAAUUCAAGAACAUGUUCGGGACGUUUUAGCGAUCAAAGUGGAUUGUUUGAUAUUGCAGUACGACCAAUGUUACAACAGGGGCACGAGGGAGAAUUAUGCAGUUGGUUGAAAGAAAUGAGUUUGAUUCGUACAGUCUCCAAUUGUCCUCAUUCGGAUUGUAAAGGACGUAGUUUAAUAUGGUGCCCUGCACGAAUUGUUGACAAAUAUAUCUGGUCUUGUCCUGACUGUAACAGAAAGCAGUCUAUAAGGGAAGACUCUUUCUUCCUCGGGAUAAAAUGUGACCUGAAAAUGUGCCUUCAACUGAUAUUAGGAUGGUGUCAAAAUAUUCCUUGUGAAGUUACUGCUUCUUAUCUAGAUGUAAAAAAUUAUGUUGUUAAGAAAAUAUAUGAACGAUGUGAUGAAGUUUCCACCAUCUAUGUUAGAAAACAUCCAGACGAUUGGAUAUUAGGCGGCCAAGGUGCAAUAUUAAUUGUGGAUGAAUUUCCUGGUGGCUAUAUGAUGGAGCGUCAACCAGAUAUAAAUUCUACUAAAAAACGUAAUAAUAAUUCGCAUACAAUGAUAUGUGUCGCAGAGGCAAAUACUAUACCACCUCGCAUAUGGCUACAUAUGAUUGAAGCUAUACCAGAGCCACAAAAAAUUGAUAAGUUACAAACAGGAGUUGACAAAAGUAAUAUGGUGAAAGAAGCUAUACAGGAAAUUACGAAGCAUGCAGCAUCAGGAAGUUAUAUAGUAGCAAAUGAUCGUGCUCGUUGCUGCAGUUAUGAAUCUUUGCAGAGUUUAUAUAUAAAACAAUAUAAAAUUAUAAGUGUCGAACAACUACAAAAAUUUGAUCCACCUGGAAAAAGUAAACUUCUUGACAACCUUGAAACAAUUUGGCAAAGUGCCAUUGAAGUUUGCGAGGAAGUUCAAGAAGCUACACAUACAUCAGGCCAACAUAUCAUUGCUAGAUAUUUGUGGAGACAAAAAUUUGGUGCAUCACCUUCUACCGCGUUUCAAGAUAUGCUGACUCAUAUCGCGGAAUAUUAUCGAUUUUCUUAGGCAAAUAUUGAAAUCUCUUGGCAUCAUUGCAUUACGAUGUUAUAUAAUGUGUGUGUGUGUGUGUGUGUGUGUGUGUGUGUGUGUGCGCGUGCGUGCGUGCGUGCGUGCGUGCGUGCGUGUGUGUGUGUAUUUGUAUUUGUUUAAGCAUACACACAAAAUAGAUAUGGGAAAUUAGUUUAAAUAUUUUUUAUUAUAUACAAAUUUUACAAGUUGCCUUAUUAAAUCUAAUAUUCAUAAAUUUUAUAUAUAUAUAUAUAUAAUAUAUAUAUAUGUAUAUAUAUUCCACAAAACUUUUUAUUUGUGGAUAGUAAAAUAUAAGUUAAAAAAGAUUAUAAUAUUAAGUCUUCCAAACAUUUAAGAUAUUACUCAAUAUGUAAUUAUUAAGCGUUUAUAUAAUUGUUGAUAUGUUAGAAUAUAAUGAUGAAAAAGAUUAAUUUCAGUAUGUUAAGAAAACGAAUAUGAUGUGGUACAGUUUGUGACAAGUUAUAUCUAAUGUUUUUAUUUUGUUCUAAUAUUGGCAGAAACUAUAUAUUAAAAGACUGACAUUGAUUUUAUUAAUAGAAUGUUAAAAUAAUUUUGAGUCCAAUAAUAUAGCAAUACUAGCGUAUAUAUGAAAUUAUAAUAACACGCGCAUACCCACAUAAUACGUUUUCUAAUUAAAGAGAUAUUAAGUGUUUUAAUCUCCCGUUUUUCAUAAAUAUCCUUAAAUAUAUUGAAAAUACGCACAAAAUUAAAAUUUUAUGACAUAACUUUAUAUAUAUAUAUUUUUUAUAGUAAAUUUCUCUAUUCUAAAGUUAUUAAAAUUAAGAACUUUAUUAUCCUAACAUUUCUUCUUAGUCUUCACUUUCUUAUUCAAUCAAUUUUGACUGAAUAAAUCAUAAACGAUAUGCCAUAAUUUGGUAUGAUGUGCGGUUAUUUAAAUGUGAAUUGCAAGAGAAUGCGUGCGUGUGUGUGUGUGUGUGUGUGUGUGUACGCGCGCGCGCGUGCAUACGGGUGUGUAAAAGAAGAAAUGUAUAAAAUACUUUUAGAAUAGAGGAAUUUGAUUAUGUAUUGUUUUCAUACAUAUUGCGUUUAUUACAUAACGUCCUGAAGUUUUAUUGUUGAAUAUAAUUUUUGUAUCUAUAAAAGGAGAGAUUGAGCAGGACAAGAUCUGCAGGACUACUGUGUAAUCUGUUUACAAUUUAUCAGCUAUCAUAUUAUAAAUAAAUUUUUAUAAAAUAAAAGUAUUAUAUGUUUUUAUCAACGAAUUAAAAAUAUAAAAUAAUUUGUGUUGCAUUUUUCUUCUAAAACAAUAAAAUAUAGCAUUGUUAAAAUAUAACAUUGUUAAAACAUUAAAUAUUUAUUACCCCGUUUCGCUUUGAUUAGUAGCAUUAAUGUAUAGUUGAUAAAAAGGAAAUAAACAAAAAAUUGUAUUAAUAGAUAAUAAAUAUUAUAUCAGCUAA